AUGUCAGUCUUACGGAGGACAUUUGGCGUGGACUACCAGGUGGUAAACACCGACCGGGACAUGACUUUUUCCCCACCGGCGAAGAAAAAGAGGCAGCGGUUUGUGGAGAAGAACGGCCGCUGCAAUGUCCAGCACGGUAACCUUGGCGGUGAGACCAGCCGAUACAUCUCUGAUCUCUUCACCACGCUGGUGGAUCUCAAGUGGCGCUGGAACCUACUCAUCUUCAUCCUCACAUACACAGUCGCGUGGCUUGUCAUGGCUUCAAUGUGGUGGGUGAUCGCUUACAUCCGCGGCGACUUGAGCCACGGCGGCCACGACUCGUCUUACACCCCGUGCGUCGCCAACGUGUACAACUUUCCCUCCGCGUUCCUGUUUUUCAUCGAGACGGAGGCGACCAUCGGCUACGGCUACCGCUACAUCACGGAGAAGUGUCCGGAGGGCAUCAUCCUCUUCCUCUUCCAGUCGCUGCUGGGCUCCAUCGUGGACGCCUUUCUCAUCGGCUGCAUGUUCAUCAAGAUGUCGCAGCCGAAGAAGCGCGCGGAGACGCUGAUGUUCAGCCAGGACGCGGUCAUUUCGCAGCGGGACGGGAAGUUGUGCCUCAUGUUCCGCGUGGGGAACCUGCGGAACAGCCAUAUGGUGUCGGCGCAGAUCAGGUGCAAACUCAUCAAGUCCCGGCAGACCCCAGAGGGCGAGUUCCUGCCCCUGGACCAGUGUGAGCUGGACGUGGGUUUUGGGACAGGAGCGGACCAGCUCUUCUUGGUGUCGCCUCUAACCAUCUGCCAUGAGAUCAACACCAAGAGCCCGUUCUUUGAUCUGUCGCAGCGCUCACUAGUGAACGAGCAGUUUGAGAUUGUUGUCAUUCUGGAGGGCAUCGUGGAAACCACUGGUAUGACAUGCCAGGCGAGGACAUCGUACACUGAAGAUGAAGUUUUGUGGGCCCAUCGUUUCCUCCCCGUCAUGUCACUGGAGGAGGGCUUCUUCAGAGUCGACUACUCUCAGUUCCACAACACCUUUGAGGUCAAUACGCCUCCCUACAGCGUCAAAGAGCAGGAGGAGAAGUCCUCGUUGACGUCCCCCAACUCUCUCUCUGUCGCAGCCACCCCCUCCUCCCCUCAGUUGGGUAACGGUGGCCGCGGAGGCCGCAGGGAAAGACUACUGUCAGCUGACUAUGCAGACCACGCAGAAGACCAAGCCUUCAGGUUGCCCAGCAAACUCCAGCGCAUGAACUCCACCAAGGAGGACCUCCACUGGAGGGGAUUGAAGACAGGGCCAGCCUUGCCUGGGGGGAAGGCCUCCAGCACAGGAGACCUUCCGCUUAGUAUUCAGAGGCUGAGGUCAAGCUCCAUCCCGGUUGUGAGGCAAGGACAGCUGGAUGAGCAGGUCCAGCUGCUGUCCUUGGAUGGAAAUGCCCAGGAGGAUGAGCUGGAGAAACACAGACUGCCAACAGCCAUGAGCACCAUCGGUGCUCCAACCCCAACCCGAGUUCAGAUCCCCUUGGUCGGGAGUCGGCCAGAAGACAACCUGCCCGCCAAAUUACGCAGAAUGAAUGCUGACCGCUGA